UCUGACCUUUCCCCAUCCUUAGUUACACACAACUUCACCAUUUGCUCAUUCUGUCUAAACAUCAGGUCCUGUUCACUAGAAAACAACCAAAGGCCACACACAGCCCCAGGGGCAAGUAGUUGGGUUUUCACUUUAAGCUCAGUCUCUCAAAUGUCGUUUCAUGUACAUGGGAGUCGCCAGGAAUCUGAGUCAUUACACAGACUGAUUCACAGGCCCAAGGGCUAGGGUUCUGCAUUUCUAGUAGGCUCCCAGAGUCAUCGCUGGUACUGAAACCACACUUCCAGAGGACGCUGUCUACUUGUAUCAGAGGAAACUCUGAGUCAGGACUCAUGGCAGCCAAACCUAAGCUCUACUACUUUCGUGGCAGGGGAAGAAUGGAGUCUAUCCGCUGGCUGCUGGCUGCAGCUGGAGUAGAGUUUGAAGAAGAAUUUCUUGAAACAAAAGAACAAUAUGAGAAGUUGCAGAAGGAUGGAUGCCUGCUCUUUGGCCAAGUGCCUUUGGUUGAAAUUGAUGGGAUGAUGUUGACACAGACUAGAGCCAUCCUCAGCUACCUUGCUGCCAAGUACAACUUGUAUGGGAAGGACCUUAAGGAGAGACUCAGAAUCGACAUGUACACAGAUGGCACCCUGGACCUGAUGCUAAUGAUCGCACUGGCUGCAUUCCAACCUCCUGAGGACAAAGAGGAGAACUAUGCUUGCAUCGUGAAGAGAGCUAAAGUCCGCUACUUCCCAGUCUUUGAAAAGAUUUUGAAAGAACAUGGAGACGAUUUUCUCGUUGGCAACAAAUUCAGCUGGGCAGACAUACAACUGUUGGAAGCUAUUUUAAUGGUGGAGGAACUCAGUGCUCCAAUUCUUUCUGACUUCCCUUUGCUGACGGCAUUUAAAGCAAGAAUCAGCAACAUUCCUACGAUUAAGAAGUUCCUGCAGCCUGGGAGUCAGAGGAAGCCACCCCCAGAUGGCCAUUAUGUGGAAGUUGUCAGGAACGUUCUGCAGAUCUAGUGGCAGCAGGCCUUAGCAUGGCCAGAGCAAUGGCAGCACCAGCUCUAGUGCACAACAGAAGUAAACUGUAGGAGUGAAGUGAACAAAAAGAAUGAAACCAUGUUGUCCUCAAUGACAAAUGCCAAUAAAUGCAAUAUA